AAAGAGGCUUUUGCAGGGUCUUGGGUGCUCUGACCACUAACCAAUGAGGAUGACACUGAGUCCUCUUUGGGUAUAACAUAUGCCGAACCUCAGUAUAUAAUGACCCCAAUCAGUCAAAACAAACAAAAACGAAAACGAGAACAGUCAUUAUCGGGGUUCUUUGUUCUCGAGCAACUAGAAUUUUCGCCAAUUUUUCACAAUUCAGAAUUUUUUGUUAUUUUUGUUCUAAAAUCUGUCUACACAGUUUGCUUUUAUUAUUAAGGUUUAAGCUUUGAAUGCGCUGAAGAUAUGGGUGAUAUCGGGGCUGAUAUUUCUAGAGACGAAGCAUCUGAAGUGUAUGAGGCUGAAUCGGUGAGUGACACUACCGUAGAGAAAGGACGUAAGUUUGUGACAAUUCCAGACGCGGGAUAUUACUUUUCAGUGGUUGGGUCUGAGUAUCUUCCCAAUAAGCCCAAAACAGAAGAGAAUUUUCGAGUUGAAGUGUCCUGGCACAAUACGUUAGUCGCUCCAGCUCAAGUUAAAGGAUGGCUUGGUCCUAUCCCCAAAGGGUUCAGCCAAAAUGUUUCAGAACUGCAGGAUUGCUCCAACCCUGUCCAUUUUAGAAUCCAAGAAUCCACUGAAGUGAAUUACCUUUGCCGUUGGUGCAAAAAGUCGUAUUCUGGACGAAACAACCAAUACCGACAUGAACGCAAGUGUGACGAACCAGGUGCUCCCGGACAUGUUUGUCCUGAUCACCCAGACGAUUGUCCCAACAAAGACAAGCCUGGUCACCUCUGUAGAUGCCCUCCUAACUGUGCUGGGGCUUGUGAAUGGACUCCAAAUCGUGAAAAUGAUAAAAGGAAAAACAAUAGUCGUGGCAAUAUCGCUAGGAAGCGUCAACAAUUGUAAAACUUUUUUCAAUAAAUCAUUUCUCUCUCCAUCUCUUUUGCGUAUAGAUACUUGAGAAAGUAUUAGUUUACAGAAUAAACAAAAGGUAAGUAAAAAGUGAAAGAGAUAAUUUCGCUUAA